UUACAUUAUUUUUUCGAUCAACACUGGACAAAAAAGUCCAAAUACUUAAAAAGCCCAUAUGCUAUUUGGGCUUGAAUAGAUUCAAUUUCAAAUCCACCACCUCUAAUGUCAUCAUCAAAUUAGGUCGAAGAACUUUUAAGAGAGAUUUCAUAUAUCUCGCCGUCCGAUCACCAACUACGGCGGAUAAAAUGAAGAAUUCGAUCCCGAUUGAUCUCAUUUACGAGAUACUCUCGAGAUUACCUGCAAAAUCAGUUGCGAGGUGUCGUUGUGUGUCGAAGCAAUGGAGAUCCAUCCUUCGCCGUCAAGAUUUCACCGAAUUGUUUCUAACAAGAUCCAAAGCUCGUCCACGUCUCUUAAUUAGUGUCCAACAAGAAGACGGAGAGUGGAGCUUUCUCUCGUUGCCUCAGAAUCCAAAUGAGAAGUCGUCUCCUGUAGUAGCCGCCGAUUUUCUUUUGAAGAAGUUCUCUGCAGGGAUAAGCAUAUACGAUUGUAGCUAUGCCUUUGGUUUGAUCUAUUUUCAUAAUAUGCGCAUCCCAAAGGAAGAUGAAGAUGAAAAGCGUGUGUUAUGUGACCCUCUCACAGGACAAUAUGUUAUCUUACCUGAACUUAGAGGUCACUCGUAUUCGUAUAGCUAUUUAGGGUUUGAUCCGGUUGAUAAGGAAUUCAAGGUGUUGUUCAUGAAUACUAGUGAUUUUAUGGCUUAUAAUUAUACAGAUCAUCAUAUUUUGACACUAGGAGCUGGAGAAUUGAAAUGGAGGAAGAUCCAAUGUCCUUUUACUCAUGAGCCCUUUUGGGAAAGGAUAUGCAUUAAUGGAGUUUUGUAUUACUCAGCUCAACAUUCUGAUUCUAGUCGAAAAAGGUCUUAUGUGAUAGUUUGCUUUGAUGUUAGGUCUGAGAAAUUCAAGUUCAUACGCGCAGAACGCUGUCAUGGUCAGUUGAUAAACUAUAAGGGGAAGUUAUGUGGGGUUAAUGUGGAGUAUAAUUAUGGUGGUGGUUUUCCCCUUAAGUUGAGUAUGUGGGUUCUAGAGGAUGUCGAGAAACCGGAAUGGUCUAAAUAUGUAUACUCUUUGUGGGCUGAUAUUAAAGUUGCCCGCUAUCUUUCCGUUUCUGGGAUGACUGCUACCGGUGACAUUGUUUUGUCGAUGGAAAACACGUCUAACCCAUUUUAUGUCUUCUACUUCAAUCCCGGAAGGAAAACUCUUCAAUGUGUUGAAAUCCAAGGUUUUGGUGGUAAUCGUGUUUGCACCUUUGUAGACUAUGUAGAGGAUCUUAGUAUUAACGUUGAAAUGCAAAACAAGUCAAGCCCUUUACAACAAUGCCGAAAUAUCGUUAAAGAGAAGCAGAAACCACAACAACGCGGGCAUACAUCUCGUGACCUCUGCAAUUCUGCGCCGUCUGUGAAGAACAAGCAGCAUAACAAGUACGAAUCAUUAUUAGCUAACACCCUUGACCACUCUGCUGGCUUAGCUAUUUUGUUUUUUGUUUUAUUUGGUUUCUUUUUCGUUUUUUUUUAGUUAUAUAUCAUUCGGUUGUAGCUAUUUUAGUCACAUAUGGACAUUAGUGAAAACGCCUGAUUAUAUGUAAAUCUUUGUCUGAUCUGAACUUUUGUCAGAGUCUCAAUCCCAGUUUCUUUCUUGUUUCAA